UCACAAACUGCGACUUUCAGUGCUCAUGCUUGACAAUAAGGAAGAACAGCAUGCUGGAUGUUUAUCUCUGUUAACGCGUAAUUCAAAAACUCAAGAGAAAUUAGGGUCUUUUCAUUUGGAUUAACUCCAACGCGACGAUUUAGUUCCUCGUUUAUUCACUUGAGUUGCACUUGUGGGCAAGUGACGUUAUUUUUCAUGUUUGUCAAACUCUAGUGAAGUUCUUAAAGCGAUAUAUUAUAAUAGUCUUCCACUAGUUUAGCCUAUAAUGUUAAAACAGAGAGUAGUAUGGAAUUACGGAACUCUGAAUAUAGAAAUUGCACCUGCUGCCACUUCAUCUUCUCCAUUUUGUGUUUUUUGCUGCUAAUCAGUUUGCUGUACGCAUACGCAUGAACAUGGAUUCACAACAUUCAGACUUACAGGCUGUGUUCACAGAUUUACGGUCUGGAGUUGUUCCUGCUAUGAGCACUGAGGAACUCGCAAGUCAGAUUUCAUCAGCCAUAAACUGUUCUUUGCACAUUUUACUACAAUCUCCACACAGCAUGACAAGUGAAGACACAGAGAUGACUGGCAUGUUCCUUACACUCACUGGAAAAAUCAUCUCCACGCUGUCUUCAAAAAGUCUGCCAGGAGAUGUCCACGUGUUCUAUGACGAGGCCAUGAAGAAACUCUUUGGGGCCUCUAACCUGACAGCUGAUCUUGUGUGUCUGAUGAACUGCCAGGACAGGAUGUUGUCUCAUUUAGCUGCCAAAUGCAUGGCUUCUUUUGUCAUGUAUGACAUCAAUAAUUCUAUUGGUAGCGACCCGGUAUGGAAGACCGCCUUCACAGAAACAUUUCAGAGUUCGGCUCCGAACUGUGCCCUGGACACACACCUGUGGGCUCUGACAGAAGUGAUUAAAAGGAUACUGAAGUUAGACUGUGUUAACAAACGAGAGAUUUUGAUGAAACUUCUUGCUGAUUUUGAGUCAUCCCUCACUUCCUUGUAUCCAAAGCUACUCUUUCAAGACAGUCCUCAACAUACGCAUGCGGCAGAAAAUGACAGAGACUCAGUCGAUUUAGAGCUCAGUGUAUGUGCACUCCUGGACCUUGUAGAAGUCCUCAGUGCUGCUAGGAGGUGGCAUGGCCUCUGUUCCUCCAUUCAGAGACUGGCGUUCCUCCAAACUUCAGCACUCCUCCACCUGACGCUCUCCAACAUGAAGGAAUUUGUAAAGAAGCGAGCACUUCUUUUGCUGAAGCGGAUUCUCGUUCAGAGAGCAGGGGAAGAAUGGGGUUUUGGUGAUAAUCACUCUAAUGAGUGUGAUGAGGAAUAUUGCACUGAUUUGCUUGUGAUGGCUGAUGCUGUGCUCCAGGAAGUGGAAGCUGGUUGGCUUCGGAAGUUCCAUGUCAAAACUCAGGCGAGUUUCUUUGGUGGGAACAAAGUGAACGUUUCGGAUGGAGAAAUGAAAGAUGCUGUGAUGCUCAGGGCUGUGAGCCUGAUUCUGAUCAAGUGUCUGGAGAUUAAAGCUCGGCAUGUUUCUACUCAAGGAGCUCAACGUGCCUUUGAUGUUCAGUCUUGUCUUAUGGAACUGCUGGCUUUUCUCCAGCAGCAGGUGCUUCAGGUUAAAGCGGUCACACAUCCCUGCUCUUGGAUCUUAGUAGUGUUCGCGGACCAGGAUGACGACCUGAUAGAAUCAGCCAAGGUUUUGAUUACCUUGUAUUUACAUCAGAGAAGUUUGAGUUCAUCAGACAGUGCAGCAUGUGAAUGGGGAUGUAACCCUCACUGCCACUUUACUCUCCUACUCCGAAGUCUCUCCUUCGACCACACUGUCCUCCUGGACUUCCUCAUUUCCGAUGAAACCUGCUUUUUGGAGUACUGUGUCCUCUACCUGAAGCACUUGCGUGACCACUGGCAAGAUUUCUGUAAUGCAUGUUCUUGUAUCGAAAACUCUACGACUGAGACACACACUCUGUCCCUCCCACAUUUUUCUGAAGCUUCAGUAAAAUCACAACUUCAUUAUGACCCUCAGUUUAAAGUUGUUGGAUUCAGGCAAAGUCUGGUGGAUUAUGAGAACUCGGAUGAUUCUGAGGACGAAGACAAACGCCUGUCAAACCUCCAGAUGAGCAGGAAUGAUGAGGAACCAGUAGCAGAGAUCGACAUGAGAAAAGCAGGAGCACAGGCUGUGUCUGCAUCAGCAGAUACAAUGGAGAAAAUAAGCACUGCCUCCACUGAGGGUCUGAGAGGGAAGGUUGUGUUGUGCCUUGCUGAGUUAAGGAUUGUUAUUAGUAGACUUCACAGCAAGGGGCUAUUCCCAUACAACCCUAGUUGUCUUCUUAAAUUGCUGCUGGCUAUUGAGACUAAAGGUCAAUUGGAAAACCCAACAGCACUGCAACUUAAAUAAUUUAAGUGUCUUAAUGAUCUACAGCUAAACAUCAUCUUCAAAGAAGAUGAAUUUCUUCUACCAAAACCACUGAAAGUUGUUUUUUUAAAAUUUCUUAAGCAGAGUCCAGAAUUACUAUAAUCUUGUUUGAAAAGAUGCCUUUAAAAAAAAAAAAACCCCUUUUGUAUCUGGUUAUAAUAUAUAUUUAAAUUCAUUAUAUGUUUAUGUAUGUUAAUGGAGGGUAAUGUAUGUAACUGUGGUUCUACCCCUGAGUCAACAAGGAUGGUUAUUUCACAACGA